CUUGUUGAUUAGCAGAGAACGCGUCGUGCUACUCAGACCGCUGUAUAACUAUAUAUUAACUACUGGAACGUGAUAAGGACAGUUAUAAGGGCAUUCAUUUACACCGAGGAUGAUUCUUAAUCAUUUCUAAAUUUAAAAGAUAACAGUUACGUUAAUCUGUAUAAAGUCACCUGCGCAUGGUGAAAAUUAUCAUUUAUUCAUUUAUUAUUAUUGCAGAUAGCGGAACGAUUUAAACUGAACUCUAUUUUUGUUACAUAUAAAACAACCCGAAAUAGAAUAUAUACUGUGACUUUUUGCGAUAAACGUGUUUUUUUGUUUUUUAAAUAUAGUUGCAAACAAUAAUACAACUUAUCGACACAAUUGAAAAAUCUUUAUUCUACCUCAUGUCUACAAUAAGACAUUUGCUAAUAACAAUAUCGCUGUGUAAACGACAAACGAGGAAAUAAAAUUUAAAAAAACUUGCGUUAAAAAAGGAAACUUUUAUUUAUUUAAUACAGUAAGAACAGUUUCGAGUAAUAAACACAAGAAACACGAUAUAAACAUAUUAAUACGCAGAUAUACAAACUGACACACCAGCUUAACACGAUGCAAACGAACACUUUCUACGGAACAUUAGCCCAUGUACUAACUAUGGCUACAAUGUUGGUAGUGCUCAUACCGUCAGCGCACGGUUGCUUCAUCCGGAACUGUCCCCCUGGUGGCAAAAGAAGCAUGGAUCUGGUCAGCAGAGCGUCCGUACCGUGCCUACAGUGCGGGCCAGGCGGCCUUGGUCAGUGUGUGGGACCCCAAAUUUGCUGCGGCCCGUUCGGCUGCUACAUUAGCACAGCGGAAGCAGAGAUAUGCGCCAAGGAGGAUGAGCGAGGGAUGGCGUGUGAGGUCCGCGGGGAGCCGUGCGGGGCCCGGGGUCAGGGGUCGUGUGUGGCCAAUGGCAUCUGCUGUGACUCAAAGGCUUGCUCUAUGAAUGAGCGAUGUCGGCGGGCGUCAGACGAAGGCGGCGUGCAACUUAUCACGCUGCUUAACCGGAUAUUGGAAGGAGGCGACCUUGAAUGAGGCCGCGGAACCCCGUGCGUUCCAUGGUUUAUAUAUAAAGGACCUUAAUGUGGUGGGGUGCCACGGAACGUUCAGCUUCACGGUUCCACGGACAGCUUCAUGUCGGACAAUGGCGCCACAGACAUUUGAAUCUCUCUAUAAUGUCAACUUUUAUAUCGUAUAAUACACGUGCUUAUUGUAUUCUAGAUUCAUAAGAAAAUCAAAAGAUCAACUUCUCAAGAUUAUCAUCAUUAAAAAAGAGUUGUAAAUUGUGAUUUCGGUUUGAUAUGAAAUAAAACAAAUGAACUA